AAAUGAUAGUUGGAUGAAAUUGUUUUUUGUUCACAUUUUAUGACACUAAAUUUUACAGUUUAACUACCAUCAGUAUGGAGAUUAAAAUGAGUUAUCCAUUUAGUAGUAAUGACUGAAACAACUCGGAAAAUUGUUGUUGUUGGAGAUGGAAUGGUUGGAAAAACUGCCUUGUUAUCAGCAUUUGUCAAUGGUGCAUUUCAGGACUGCUAUAUUCCGACAGUAUUUGAAACAUCAGCCAAAGAAAUUGAUUUGCCAGAUGGUCGUCAUCUAACUUUGGGUUUAUGGGAUACUGGAGGUCAAGAAGAAUUCGACCAAAUUCGUCAACUUGCAUAUCCUGGUGCAAGUUUAAUUCUACUUUGUUACGCGGUCGAUUGUCCAACCAGUUUAGAAAAUAUUGUACACACAUGGCUAGACGAAGUGAGAUGUUACUGUCCUCAAAUACCACUCAUACUAGUCGGAUGUAAAGCUGAUAAACGUGUGGUCAUUUCACCAGGAAAAUCAAAUAAUUUAACUCUGAAUAAAUCACAGACAACUUUGAUCGAUCCGAAUGAUGUAGAGAAGGUUGGUAAACAAAUUGGUGCUCAAAUUGUCAUUGAAUGUUCCGCCUUGACAAGAUCAAAUGUCAAUUGUAUAUUUGAAUUAGCUGCACGCAUAAUAUUAGAUGUAGAAAAAGAAAAUUUACGAGCAUCAAAAUUCUGUAAUAUACUUCCAAUUCAUAGGAAAAAAUCAAUUUCGAAUGGUGUAGUAACUCGGAACUCAGUUAUAACACGUCGAAGCUCUGAACUGAAACGACGUAUUUCCAGUUCGAAUUAUUUUUGUUUUUUAAGGAGACGGUGAUUGAUUUCUUACAUGGGAUGACGCAUCAGUAGUAGGAUUAAAGAACAAUAUGAUAUUGCAUAUUAAGAAGUCGUUUCCUCUCCUCGUUUCGAAAUAUGGGUGUAUAUGCAUGCUUCCAUCAAAUCCAAAUAAAUUUCAUUUUUCCUCAAAUGAACAACCAAUGUCUUUCAUAAGUUGAUAUUAAAGGAGGUUUUAAUGUAUAUCCGAAAUAUUAAUCAUGAUAAAUGAAUAUCAACACGUAAAAAGACCGGUGAUAACGACGAUUCAAUUUCAUUUGUGUACUCCUAUGAAUCUAACGUAUGUAAACCAAAUAUGAACAAAAAUAAUGUUUAAAUGUAUAGUAUUCUUUUAUUGUAUGAAAUGUUAAUAACAAUCUUCAAAAUUACAUAUGUACUGUAUAUUGAAUAGUCAAAAUGAUGGAUCUAUAUAUGCUUAAGUCUAUUCAAGCUCGACUAGUAACAAUGUACCAGUGAAGUCAGUUUAUUGUGAUCUUUUGAAAUGAAAUUUAUAGAUAAUUAUAUAUAUAUUAUUCUUUGUUUAUAUAUUAUCAUUUGUAUUUGUAUGGCUAUUUCAAUACAUUCAUCAUGUCAG